AUGACCAAACAAUCCAUCUUGACGCUUGAAAACUUGGAGGAGACGCUCGCCAAUGAUACAAAGAUUAAGGUAGCUGCUGUAGACAUUGACGGUUUGCUGAGAGGCAAAGUGAUGCAUAAGGACAAGUUUUUGCACGUAGCCAAGGAUGGUUUUGGAUUCUGCUCUGUUAUCUUUGGCUGGGAUAUUCAAGAUAACAACUACACUACUCCAAGCGAAUUUGCUGGCAAAGAUUGUCAGUAUUUUGAUUUGAUUGCCAAGAUCGACUUAUCGUCUUAUCGCCGUAUACCAUGGGAAAACAACAUCCCCUUCUUUUUUGUCAGCCUCUAUCAUCCUGUUACAAAUAAGCCUCUCUACUGCUGUCCUCGUAACUUGCUCAAGAGUGCUGUGGAUCAAUUCAAUGGAUUGGGUUUAUCGCCCUAUUGUGGUGUCGAAUUCGAAUUCUUUUGCUUUAAAGAAACAGCCGAGAGCUUGAGCGCAAAGGGUCAUAGCCAGCUCACUCCGCUUACAUUGGGCAUGUGCGGCUACUCAGUCUUGAGACCCUUACAGAAUCAAGAGUUUUACUACAAUGCCUUUGACUGGCUCAAGCAAUUCCGCGUGGACGUCGAAAGCUGGCAUACAGAAACAGGUCCUGGUGUAUUCGAAGCUGCUGUCUUGUAUCAAGAGGCCAAGGAAAUGGGCGAUCGGGGUACACUCUUCAAGACAUCCAUGAAACAGAUUGGCUUGAAGCACAAUGUCAUGCCCUCUUUUAUGGCUAAACCUUACAGUGAUCAGCCCGGCUGUUCAGGUCAUAUGCAUUUCAGCUUGAAGAAUGAAAAGGGUGAGAAUGUGUUUGCUAUUGGAGAACCUAGUGAGGAUGUUCCCAAUUUGACAAAGGACGCCGUUUGGUUUUUGGCUGGUGUGUUGAGAGGAUUGCCGAGUAUAUUGGCUAUUUUGGCCCCAACUGUGAAUAGUUACAAGCGACUGGUAGAAAACUAUUGGGCCCCUGUAAGUGUCUCAUGGGGUAUGGAUUCUCGUCAUAGUGCUGUGCGUGUAAUAGCCCCUCCUAGCACAUCUGCAAGUGCCACUCGGAUGGAAAUGAGAGUGUCAGGUGCAGAUAUCAAUCCUCAUUUGGCUUUAGCUGCUGUUCUCAAAUGCGGUUACUGGGGUAUUGAGACCAAGCAAGAGCUUCCAACAGGUCCAAGUCAGACUGCAGGCGAUCAAACGAAUAACCAAAGAUUAGCACGCACGCUUCAGGAAGCUACUGUAGAGAUGGAUAAAAAGGACUCUGUGGCACGUAAGGUAUUGGGCGAUGAGUUUGUUGACCAUUAUGUCAGUACCAGAAAGCAUGAGUGGAAUCUUUGGCAAAGCGCUGUUACUGAUUACGAAUUGAAGCGUUACAUGGAGCUUGUUUAA